GGGAUUGAAGAAAAAAAAUAGUGAGAGAAUCUCUACCAAAAUUUCAUUGAUCUCUCUAAAUUUCUUUCUCUGUUCUUGAAUCGAGAAGUUUCAGAUCCGUUUGAGGUUAAAAAUGGCGGAGAAUUGCGUUCGAAAGCUCUUCGUCGAGAUCUGUAACGCCAAGAACUUGAUGCCGAAAGACGGUCAAGGAACGGCUAGUGCUUACGCGAUUGUGGAUUUCGACGGGCAGCGGAGGCGGACGAAGACUAAAUUCCGAGAUCUGAAUCCACAGUGGGACGAGAAGCAUGAGUUUCUUGUUCACGAUACGGAGACUAUGGAGUCGGAGAUUUUGGAGGUCAAUUUGUACAACGAUAAGAAGAUGGGGAAGAGAAGCACGUUUCUCGGUAAGGUUAAACUCGCCGGAAGUACUUUUGCGAAAUCUGGAUCUGAAACGCUUGUUUAUUAUCCUUUAGAGAAACGUAGCGUGUUCUCUCAGAUCAAGGGAGAGUUAGGGCUAAAAAUUUAUUAUAUCGAUGAAGAUCCACCUGCUGGUGGUGUUUCUGAAUCUGAUCAGAAACCGGAGACUGUUACUCCAGUAGCCGAGGAGAAGCCACCGGAGAAUCAGGAGGGAAAAGUAGCGGAAGUCAAGGAGGAGGAGAAGAAAGAAGAAGAGAAGCCGAAGGAAGAACCAAAAGCAGAGGAGAAGUCUAGUGAAAAUCCGCCGGAAAAUUCGAAACCAGAGGAAUCCCCUGCUGUUGAACCAGAGAAGCCUGCAGAAGUGGAGAAUCCGCCGAUUGCACAUACGGAAAAGCCAAUGAAGAUGCAGAAGGCGAAAUCGGAAGCGGAAAAAAGAGGCGAUCUAAGCGUAAACGGUCUCGAACUUCGCUCUCUGUCGAAUGAUCGAAGCCGCAGCGCGUACGAUCUUGUCGAUCGAAUGCCGUUCCUCUACGUACGCGUCGUUAAAGCAAAACGUGAAUCUUCAGAAGGUGGAUCCUCCAUUUACGCAAAGCUUGUGAUCGGAACUCACAGUAUCAAAACGAAGAGCCAGAGCGAGAAAGAUUGGGAUCAAGUGUUCGCAUUCGACAAAGAAGGAUUGAACUCAACGUCUCUGGAAGUUUCCGUUUGGGCGGAGGAGAAGAAAGAGAACGAAGAUCAUUUAACGGAAAAUUGUUUGGGAACGGUGUCGUUUGAUCUGCAAGAGGUUCCGAAAAGAGUCCCACCGGACAGUCCUCUGGCUCCGCAGUGGUACUCUCUCGAAUCGGAAAAGUCACCGGGAAAUGACGUCAUGCUCGCCGUUUGGUUGGGGACUCAGGCCGACGAGGCGUUUCAAGAAGCUUGGCAGUCGGACUCCGGGGGGUUGAUUCCGGAGACCCGAGCCAAAGUGUACCUCUCUCCGAAGCUGUGGUACUUGAGACUAACGGUCAUCCAAACCCAGGAUUUGCAGUUUGCUUCGAAGUCCGAGCCUAAGACUAGGAACCUCGAGCUUUAUGUCAAAGGCCAGCUUGGGCCACAAGUUUUCAAAACGGGAAGAACCUCAGUCGGCUCGGCUAAUCCAACAUGGAACGAGGAUUUGGUGUUCGUAGCAGCCGAGCCGUUUGAGCCGUUUUUGGUGGUGACCGUAGAAGAUCUGACAAACGGACAGUCAGUGGGCCAGGCGAAAAUCCAGAUGGCAAGCAUCGAGAAAAGGACCGACGACUGGACGGACACAAAAUCCCGAUGGUUCAAUCUUGUUGGAGACGAAAACCACCCUUACACCGGGAGAAUCCACCUCCGAAUCUGCUUAGAAGGCGGAUAUCACGUGCUUGACGAAGCCGCGCACGUGAUCAGCGACGUCAGAGCCGCCGCAAAACAGCUGACGAAACCACCGAUCGGACUCCUCGAAGUCGGAAUCCGCGGCGCCACAAAUCUCCUCCCGGUGAAAACAAAAGACGGUACACGUGGCACUAUCGACGCAUACGUGGUCGCCAAAUACGGCCCGAAGUGGGUCCGAACCCGCACAAUCCUCGACCGCUUUAAUCCACGCUGGAACGAGCAGUACACGUGGGACGUCUACGACCCUUGCACCGUCCUCACGAUCGGCGUCUUCGACAACGGCAGAUACAACCGUGAAAACGACGCCGCUUUGAAACAACCCGGAAAAGACUUACGGAUCGGUAAGGUCCGAAUCCGACUGUCGACACUGGACGCUAAUCAGGUGUACUCAACCUCAUACUCCCUUACGGUGUUACUCCCGACCGGCGCCAAGAAAAUGGGAGACCUCGAAAUCUCCGUCCGGUUCACCUGCUCCUCUUGGCUAAGUCUAAUCCAGUCCUAUUCAACACCAAUGCUCCCAAGAAUGCACUACAUCCGCCCAUUGGGUCCGGCCCAACAAGACAUCCUCCGCCACACAGCCAUGAGAAUCGUAACUACCCGGCUUUCCCGGUCCGAACCGGCCAUGGGUCAGGAAGUGGUUCAGUACAUGCUCGACUCGGACACACACGUGUGGAGCAUGCGAAGAAGCAAAGCCAAUUGGUUCCGCGUCGUCGGUUGUCUCUCACGCGCCGUCUCUCUAGCCCGCUGGUUCGACGGGAUUCGCACGUGGAUCCACCCUCCGACCUCCAUCCUCGUCCACGUGCUCCUCAUCGCCGUCGUCCUAUGCCCAAAUCUCAUCCUCCCCACCAUCUUCAUGUACGCGUUUCUAAUUCUCACGCUCCGUUUCCGUUACCGGCACCGGCAUUCCCACAACAUGGACCCGAGGUUGUCGUACGUGGACUUCGUGAGCGCCGAUGAGCUCGACGAGGAGUUCGAUGGGUUCCCCACCACACGAUCUGGGGACCAAAUUCGGAUCAGAUACGACAGGCUGAGGGCGCUGGGUGGUAGGGCCCAGGUGCUGCUGGGUGACGUGGCGGCGCAAGGGGAACGAUUGGAGGCGCUGUUUAACUGGAGGGACCCGAGAGCCACAGGGAUUUUUGUGGUGUUGUGCUUGGCGGCAUCGCUGUUGUUCUAUGCGGUGCCGUUUAAGGUGUUUUUGUUGGGCUUUGGAUUCUAUUACCUCCGCCAUCCCAGGUUUCGCGACGACAUGCCGUCGGUUCCGGCUAACUUUUUCCGACGGCUGCCGUCGCUUUCCGAUCAGAUUAUCUGAUGAUUUUAUUACCUCUUUUUUUGGGGUUAAUUAUGAUUAUUAUGUAUUAGUUACUGGUUUAUUAAUUAUAUUAAUUAGUUUGUUUA